UUAUUUCGUUUUAUUCCCAUUCCCCACCGCUCUUACCUCAAACCAAACGCCCACAAGUUGCUCUUACAUCCCAGGUAAUCCGUCGCGGUGUUUCUAUCGUAGCAUAGGGUUUGCGGCAGCUGCGCGGCCCUCCGACGAUCGCGUAAUGGCGUGGGGGCGACGAAACCGUGGGACUGGAUGUAGCCUCCGUCGACCUCCAUGUCACCGAGCGCAUCGGCAGGGACAUCGCCGGCCGCCUCGACCUCGAGGAGGCUAUCGAAGCCUCGCUCUAUGCUAGCCUCCCCUACUCCACCCUCCCCAAAGAGAUUUCCAAUCAUGGACUUCACUUCUGUCGAGUUGCAGUUCGUAGAUUCACUGAUAUUACUACUAUGACAAUCCAGAUUAUUCUGUGUGAAGCUCUUUCUAGAGGUGGAGUUGCAGAAGCAUGUUCUGUAGUAAAGAGGGUCGGUUCAAAUAUCUAUACUGGAGUGGAGGGUCGCUUGUCUUUAGAGAUUAUUUAUCUUCAUCUUGAAAUGGCUGCUUCGCAAUGUAUGAAUAUUCUACAAACAGGCCUCAUCAUACGUGCUAGAGCCCUUCUUGCUGCUUGUAAGGUUGAACCAAAGCCUGUAUUAAGCACAUAUGAUCAACUUUUAUCAUAUGGAGCUAUUUUACCUUCGCCAAACCUGAACCUUCGCUGUCUGAGAUCUGUUCUUGUUGUACUCUGUGAGUGGGUUGGGCCUGUAUUUGCACAUACAUUAGGGACCACAGCUGUUGGCGCUUCUCCAAUCCUUGGUGGAUUACUCUUGUUACUGUUGGUUGCUACUCGGAAAACCUAGAGGUUCCACUGUACAAAAAUUUUGUACAAAGAUCUGAACCUUUUCCUAGCUACCAUGUAUUCUUUUAAAUUAAAUUUUGGAUCGCCUGCGGAA